CAAUGUCUGUUCAUCACAGAGUAAUAAUCCAGCCGCAGAAUUAUUGCAAAUGCAAAAUAAAAUGUAUAAAAUGAUUUGCAAAGCAAUUUUAUCAUAACGCCUACGCAACUAAUGUGGUAUCUACAGUAUUUCAGUUCAUCCGAUCCUGAUAAAUGUUACCCGCUAGCCUAAAGUCGUAUUUCAAUUUAAAUCGUGGUCUGUUGUGAUCCACAUCUGUCCCUUAAAAUUCGACAUUACUUAUCCUAAUUUGAUCAUGAGCAUAAAUAAUAAUGCCUUUACUACCGUGUUUUUACUCAUACUCUCUAUAAACAUCAAAGUAUGCCUAGGACAGUUCAAUAAAGCCUGGAGUGAUAAAUAUGAAAGCAACACUUGCCCGAAACUUCAUCCAAAAAAUUUCAUCAACUUUACUCCAGUUGGGAAAUUAUCAGCGGGCAACUAUACAGAAAAGACAAAUCUUCGAGGGUUGCGACAAUGCGUGAUGGCGUGCUGCAUCGCCGACUCGUGCAACAUCGUGUUUAUCCACAAUGGCCGGUGCCUGCAUGUGGAGUGUGUGAGCGACGAGCUCUGUCUGCCGCAGCUGAGGACUGGCAACAGGAAGUGGGAGUCCCAUGUCUCCAUGAUACUGGUCAAACCUGUUCUGCCCAAUGAGAAUUGGUCAGACAUUCUUGACCAGUCCAACUAUAGGGAAGCAAACAACUUUGUACCUGAAGAUGACUCCAUCUACUCUCCAUACAGCAGCAGCCACAGAAAUGAUAUAGGACCAGAAGAUGUUGACCCUAAUUUCUUAGCCAGAUUCCUAAGCAAUCUUCCAAACAUUGAAGAUGAGGACAAUUCAAGACCCUAUAGCAAAUAUAGGGAUAACAAUGUGGGAGAAAUGAUACUUGAUGCUUCAAGCUUUCUAGACAAGGACCCUUGUGAAGUUGGGGUAGCUGAAGACUGCCCAUUCAAUGCUGAGUGUAUUCCUCUAAGUAUUAAAACUCGUAAUGGAAUCUGUAAGUGUAUACCAGGCACCUCUGAGAAUGAACAGGGUAUGUGUGUUCAGAACUCCAGACCUUAUUCUAAGGGCCCCACAGAUCUAGAAACUAUGAUGAAGAAAACUGAAGAUCUAUCUGCUGAGCCAAAGCUUGAAUCUUCUUCGCCAAGUACCAUUCAAAAACUGACAGUCUCUAUUGUGUCCAAAGAGGUUCAACUACCAGACAAUGAAGUAACCCUGGAUGCAUUUACCAUUCCUGAUGAAAAAGCCACUCAGAGCCAUUACAAUUAUGUCUGGACACUAGUUGACCAGCCUAAAGGAGGAUUUACUGGCAACAUGAAGCAGAACGGCGCGUCCGUCACGCUAACCGACCUGACGGAAGGCCAGUACCAGUUCAAGGUCACAGUGAACGGGACGGGCGCGUACGGCGAGGGCUUCGGCAACGUGACGGUGGCGCCGCGGCAGCGCACCAACACGCCGCCGCUCGUGCUCAUCACGCCGCGCGCGCAGAGCGUCAAGCUGCCCAACUCCAUGGCCGUGCUGGACGGCGGCGCUAGUAAGGACGACGACGCAAUAAUCUCCUGGCACUGGGAGGUCAAAGCGGGUCCGAUCGGCUACCAGCCGCCGCUUCAGGACGGGCCCACGCUCGUGUUGAACGACCUCAAGCAGCCCGGCAACUACACCUUCCAACUCACUGUGGAGGACUCCGACCAUGUCAAGAAUUCGACCACUGCGAAUAUUACAGUGCUGAACCCGACUGAUUACCCGCCGGAGGCUAAUGCAGGUCAAGACGUGAUAAUCUACCUGCCCAACAACAAGCUGACGUUAAACGGCAGCCUGUCCACGGACGACCACGAGAUCGUGCAGUGGGAAUGGACCAAGGCGGCGCAGGAUGAGAAUAAGGCGGUUGAUAUGCAGAACACACACUCGCCCUAUUUACAGCUAUCCAACCUAUCAGAGGGCAUGUACACAUUCGUACUGAAGGUGACAGAUUCGUCGGGGCAGUCCUCUACAGCAGAGGUGCAUGUGUUCGUGAAACCUCCCACGAACACUCCGCCUGUCGCCAACGCCGGGUCUGACCUCUUCAUAUCGCUGCCCCAGACCUGGGUCACAUUGAACGGGUCCAGCUCUCACGACGAUCACAGAAUAGUCGCGUACACUUGGCAUUGCGUCGACGGGCCCACUAACUCCACUAUCGUAGGCUAUAAUGAGUCUGUGGCCAACGCUACCGGCUUGACUAAAGGACAGUACGUGUUUUCGCUGACGGUGCUAGAUGACAACGGGAAUUCGGCAACGGAUAACGUUACCGUUACUGUUACACAGAACAAGAACAGCCCGCCAAAAGCGAACGCGGGCGGCGACCAAGUCCUCUCUCUGCCUCUCCCCGUGCUGUCCCUGAACGGGUCCGCAUCUCGGGAUGACUUCCGCAUCGUGUCGUGGCGCUGGGCGCGCGCCGCGUCCGGCCUCGCCGCCGGCACCGUCGUGCUCAACACUGACACGCAACCUGUGCUCAUGCUAACAAACAUAGAGCCGGGGCGCUACGUCUUCGAGCUAACAGUGACAGACGACCAAGGAGAAUCCGACCGGGACACAGUGAGCGUGCAAAUAAAACCCGACCCGUUAGAGAUGCACCUUCUGGAGAUGACCCUCAAUGUCCCGGUGUCGACGUUCACACAGAGCCAGUUGGACUCGCUGGUUCAGAAGAUGGCGCUACUUUUGAAGGAGGAUGUCAAAGUGAAUGUGACGGAAGUGCGCGGGGAGAUCGAUACCGGGAAUACGCAGCUGAUAUUCUUUUUGUCUGAAGAGAACAAAGCCGUCGAGGGCAUCCGCGCCCUAAACCUUGUCCGGGGCGCGGGCACCGAUUCCUACGGGGCGGGCGUAGCGCGAGUGCGCACCGUGCGCUGCCUGAGCUCGUGCUCGGGGCGCGGCGCGUGCGACCAGGCGGCGCGCGCGUGCCGCUGCGACGCCUUCUGGAUGCAGAGCCUCUUCACGCUCAUGCAGCCCGACGCACAGCCUGAUUGUGACUGGUCAGUAGUCUACGCGAGUCUCGGCGGCAUCGCGGCUCUGUGCCUCACGUGCGGGCUGUGUUCGCUGUGCGCGCGCGGCGCCCGCCGAGUGGCCGCCCCCCGCGCGCCGCGCCCCGCCCCCGCCUACCGGCUGCUGCCAUUGGCUGAUCAUGAGGAUAAGCCUUUUACAAGCAAGGACCUCUCAGAAUCGGAGACGGAUUCGGACGUACUGUUCGAGUCGAAGAGCAAGACGACGUCGUUCAACCGCCUGCUCAACGGCGACGCUCAGCCCAACUGGAAGAAAAACGGACACCACAAACCCUCAAGAAAGGUGAAAACGUAGGAACGAAUGUGAUGCAAACAAAUGUUUACUUGACGCAUAUUGAGCAGAGCUGAGUAUAUUGAUAAUUGCCAUAUUACAGUACCGAGUACCUACCCUAUGUUCAUUGUAACUCAAGGUUUCCAAAGAUACAGUGAAUUCGUAGUGCAUUGACGCUCAAGUGUUGUUUUGCGAGGAGAACCCAGAUUCCAGCAGCAAUGCACUAAGAAUUCAAUAUUGUUUUGGACAUGGAUGGCAUUGAAUAGUGUACUUAGGUACCUGUAAAGUAAAUUAUUUACUCCCCGAGGCUGUGCCUUUGUUACCUGCCACACUAGAAAGUGUAUUAACAAAAUAGAAAGGCGAUAUUUGCGAUACUGUUCUCAAAAAGAUUAGCGUGAACCAAAAUAUUUUUUCAGUAAGUAAUAAGCCUUGGAAGCUUCUAGAAACAUGAGGUCUAGGCGUAAAAUAUUAAAAUGUAUUCAUAAUUUAAGUACUUAAUUGAGUGUUCGUGUUUAGAACGCAUAAUUGACUGAAAUUACCAGCAGUAGGUACUUAUUUACAAUGGUUAACCUAUUAUGUACGAGUAUUACCAUGGUAUAUGAUGAUAAUAAUGAUUUUAUUAGACUUUGGAGUAUUACAUUAUAUUUACAACUCAGACAAUGGGGUCUGGUAAAGAGAGAUAACUAUAAUUUAUAUUAUUUGCAGAUUGUGCCACAAGUGCCCAUUGAAAUACCAUAGUUUU